UGAACGGCUGCAAGAAGACGAAUUUUCGGAUCUAAAGGCGGAUCUUCGCGCCGAGCUGGACAGGUUGCAUCGCCUGGGCAAAGACGACGCUUCCGACAGCACGAAAGUCGACCGCGACUCAGUUGACGAUGUCGCCAAGGAUUUGGCCGAUGUGCUGCAGAGCUGGGUUGGACAAGCCUGUCAAUAUCGUCUACUACGGACUCGAUGCUCAGGAUUCUGAGGGACCGUUCACCGUCAAGUCUCUCCCUGGCCGUGACAGGCUUGUCGUUGAGACCUUCGACCGGCUCAAGGCAGAGGUACCCUUUGAGGUCUUCAUCGCUGUGAUUGAGAAGGAGGACACAGGCCGAAAAGUCGCGGUUUCGACGAAUCCGAGCUACCUGGCCCGCAGUAUCUUCGACCUGCAGGGACACAGCCUGGCCUGCGAUCUUCCCGUCGAGGAACGGAACUGGGUGCACACAAGGCGUGGUACUUCUACGCAAGCGCGGUCUUGUUCCAUGACUGAAACUGCAGUGAUGCUUAUUCCCCGCGACGGCAUGAUCGGCUUUCUGUUGCAGUGCGAAAUCCCCCUUGCCCAGUCAGCCCGCUACUGCUCCAGAACGACGGGUGUGCAGCGCCUGAUCGAGUACUUUGCCGCCAAGAUCACCGAUCCCCAGAACCGCGCCCGCCUUCUCCCCGCCUUCAAGCAGCUCUGCACGAGACUGUGGAAGUUGGGGGAGGACUCUAGCUUUGCUGUCCUUUCGGAUGAUGCAAUUGAGACGCUUCUAAAAGCGCUGCUCACUGCACAAGAUUGGGAUUUUUUUGAGCAGGCUGUUGUCAAACUCGGGAAACACGUGCCGCUAACAACAUUGCUCCCCUGGAUCGUGGCUGAAGUUGAAGGUGGAGGCCUUGCAGUGCGUGACAUUGAGAAGGGACUGCUGGCUAUUGGCCUGGCCUCUUCGAACCUCUCUCACAGAUGCAAUGUAGCCCGCGAGCUCCUCCGUCUUCGGGCAAUGGGGAGCGAGGGCCAGGAAUUGCUGCGGCGCCUGGUAUCCAGCGCCUUGGAAAGUGUAGGCUCACAGUCUGCCACUGCGCAGGAUGGUCGGCGCUUGGUUGAACUGGUCUGUGUUGUGCUCGGCCCGGAGAUCUUGACCACAGAGCUUCUACCUCUCGUCCAAAAGACUGCCCCUUCCAUACCCUUAAGUCUAGGAGUCUUUGAGGGUCUCAGUCGACUUACAGCGGCCCAACGUGCCCAGGCUUCGGUAUCCAAAGAACGUUUGGAGCAGUUUGCAAGGCAUAUCACGGACACGCUAGACGUAUCCAAGCUUUCUUGCGGUCCUUCGCCUGUUCACCAAGGUCAAACCUGUCGAUGCUGUGACCGAUGCAAUGGGAAACCUGUUGGGCCAGGACCUGUUAAUGACUCUGGUCUCGCUCCUUUCGUCUCUUCCCUCCUCGCAGAGGGUGCCAGUGACAUCAUCCUGGCACGAUUUGCACUGAAAGGUCGUUGGCGACGUCGGAAUCAUCAAAAUGCGAGACUUCCAUGGUUUUUGGUUACCGUUCCUGAGGCAGCUCCUCGAGAUACUCGAGGAACACGCGGUCCCCAUUGUCCACGCCUCGCUAUCGUCAUCUCUUUGCGGCGGUCCUUGAAACUUUCCUCGCCAAGCGUGUCGGCCCACCUCCGAUGCGGUGGCUGCCUGAAAUUUGGACGGUCCCCUGCCUCUGCAGAAUUUGCAGCUUGAUCAACGGAUUUCUUUCAUCUGACGCGCCAGCUGCUAGUGUCAACGGUUGCUCCGGAGAGGAGCUGCUGCAUAUCGGCACUUUCGUGUGGCCUUAUAGAACGCAGCUGCAAUGCGCGUUUUCCCCAGGCGAAGGCGGCGGUAUCGUCAUAACCAAGGUGAUCAAGGGCCCAAGUUUCCAAAAAUGGGAAGAGGAGACGAGCAGCGCAGCUGUUGAGAUCGGCAAGCUCUUUGGCCCAGCACUACGCACCGUCCUGGGCGGUGAACACGACACAGUCAUGAAUUCUAAACCU